AUGGUGUGGAUCGUCGUCAUCCUCAUCGCCACAGUUGUGGCAUAUCUGGUGCUCGACCGGCUCAUCCGUCUGCCCAAGGUCAGCAACUUCGCCAACAAGUUUGUCCUCAUCACUGGCUGUGACAGCGGGUUCGGGCGAGAGCUAGCCAUAAGACUGGACAAGAUGGGAUUCCCUGUGUUUGCCGCCUGCCUGGGCCAGGAGGGGAGACGAUCCUUGGAGGAGAACUGCUCUAGUCGUUUGGUGACCCUGUCCUUGAAUGUAGCAGACACCAGAAGCAUCCAGGAGGCUUUCAAGUUCGUCCAACAGAGCCUUCCAAACGAGAAGAGUUUAUGGGCUGUGGUCAACAACGCUGGUGUGGGCGGUACUAUAGGCACAAUGGAGAUGAUUCCCCUAGAGUCAUACAUCUCGACGUGCGGCAUCAACCUCUUCGGACCCAUCGAAAUCUCCAGAACCUUCGCCCCCUUGCUGCGGAAAUCCCAGGGCCGGCUGGUGUUUAUGACCAGCGUCAUGGGCAGAUACCCGGCCACGCCUGGGCCUUACUCGGUCUCCAAAUUCGGGAUCGAAGCUUUCGGGGAUGUCUGUCGCCAUGACUUGUCAGCCUUCGGCAUCAAGGUCAGCAUGAUUGAACCUGGAUACUUCAAGACCAACAUCCUUAGUCCACUGCUGGACGGAGCUAAAGAAGCUUACGCCAAGACUGAACAAGAGGUUCGUGAGGCCUACGGGAAAGAUUAUCUGGACCAAACAGCUGCCGGUGUGGGCGCUAUGCAGGUCUAUGCGUCUCCUGACACCCACAAGGUGGUGGAUGCCUAUGUGUCAGCGCUGACCUCUGUAUACCCCAGGCCGAGAUAUGUAGUUGGAACCGAUGCUAAGUUGGUUUACCUGCCCUUGGCUUUUCUGCCGGAAUGGAUCGGGGAUACGUUACUGGCCAGCUUGAAGAAACGACUUUCAGCCAAAACUACUCAAAUACAAUAG